UUCAAUUUAGUGUGAUUUUGUUGAUUUCCGAUAAAAAUAAAACGUGUUUCACGGUGAAGAACAUGACAAGGAAAAGAACUCAAGUUCAAGAUGGGAAUACCACUGACUUUAAAAAAGUAAAACUUGAAUCCAGUUCUCAAGAGACAACCAAACAUAAUGGAUUUAAGAACAAGAAAAGGAAGAAAAAGAAAGAUUGUGCUGAGGAUUCACACGCUGGGAAACUCUCAGAAGAAAAGAUAAGCCCCCACAAAAGUGAUACAUAUGGUAAGGAAAACAAGGGAAACCUGAAGGCGAAGUCCCCAUUAGAGGAGAAAGGAAAGAAAAGGAAGUUUGAUGAAUCAAGAGACAGAGGACAAGCAGACAUUCAGGAAGAUAAGAAACCUGACGGUGAAAAAAGCAGCUCAGAGUCAAAGAAAACAGGCAAAAAAUUAAACAAAUGGCAGAGACACAAGAUGAAGAAAGCCAAAGUGAAGAGUGGUAAGGAAAAGACAGAACGGCACAGUAAACAAACUACUAAAGAACACAACAGCGCCAAAGUAGUCAUAAAGGUUAACCCUGGUGAUGUGUCAUCAAACUGGAACAACCUGCAACAGGAACUGGGACUUCAGACAAAGAAGAAGAAAGUUAAACAUGAAAAUUUAGUUACAAAAGAAGCCACAAAGGAAGAAAAGGAACCAGAAAUUUGGUUUGAUGAUGUGGAUGAGAUCUUGCUAGAGAGGAAGACAACACAUCAGGAAAAGUGUACCAGUUCCCACAAUCCUUUGGUGAAGACUGGGUCUUAUGCAGGCUUGACCAAGAUUCUGGCUAUGGACUGCGAGAUGGUGGGAGUGGGAAGGGAAGGCAGAGAAAGCAUGCUUGCCCGAGUGUCCAUCGUGAACCAGCAUGGCCACUGUGUGUACGACCAGUUUGUCAAACCAAUUGAAGAAGUGGUGGACUACCGGACAAAGGUCAGCGGCAUACGUAAACAGGACCUAGAGAAAGGCAGAGAGUUUUCCUUGGUGCAAAAGGAAGUCAGCAGCAUGAUAAAGGGGAGACUACUGGUGGGACAUGCCAUUCAUCAUGAUUUACAGGUGCUAUACAUUGGUCAUCCUAAGAAACAGAUCAGGGACACGGCCAGAUACAAGUACUUCCGUCAGUUAUCCAGUGGUAGGACCCCCUCCCUAAAGAAAUUGUCUUCCCGAGUCCUGGGUGUCAGUGUUCAGGAAGGGGAACAUAAUUCUAUACAAGAUGCACAGGCAACAAUGAGACUUUACACAAUGUACAGAACUCAAUGGGAGAAGGAAAUAAAAGAGAAAUCGAAGACGGGAAAACCAAGGAAUCGCAAGAAAAUAGUGAGGAAGGAAAGAAAGGUUGAGAAAGAAGCAAAGCAGAAUAAAACAGGGAGCGUAAUACCAUCUUCACUACUUGACUGAGAUUAAUCUUUCAUCAUUCAUAAAAAUUGAAACGGUGUGAAAAUGUUAUGCUACCUGUAUGUAUAUAAACAAACCAGUUACUUGUGACAUAUAAUAUAAGUCGUCAUGAAACAGAGACUCAUUUUGAAAAACGUAUAAAGUUUGGAGACAGUAA